AUGAGUGGCAACGGGAAUCAGGUGCCGCUGGCGCCAAGUCAGCGUGGGCCCGGACCUUAUCCGCGGGCGUCAACACCACACAGGGCUGAGUGCUACCAUCCAUCGGGGACGGCGGGCGGAGGGUUCCUGCCUGGCGCUGGCGCCUCGCAGCCGAACCUUCGCGCCCAGCCCACGCCGCAACCAUCAGCGCCGCCCGCUCCUCAACAAGACAUGUCCAAGACUUCCAUGGCCGGCCAUAAUUACGUCUCGCAGCAGAGUCAGAGUCCGCAAGCACGGCCGCAGUAUCCGAACUUCCCCUACAGAGCGCAGCACGGAACCCGCCCAAACACACAUCCCAGACAACAACAGCCAUACUUAGCAGGCGCUGGUGGUGGAACGGCUGGCCCGGUGGUGUAUCAUCACCCCACAUUGGUCUUCCAGCCCCAUAUGGGCCUACCACAGACUUACCAGCAGCCACGCUCUUCCACCACUGGGUUUUAUCCAUACAUGACACCGUAUUUGGGUUAUAGCACACCAACAAGUCACACACCACCAUACUACUACUCGAAUAGCCAGCAGAUGGCGGGCGGCGGCGGGGUGGCGGCGGGCGCGGGACGCGGCAGCGGGGGCCCGCUGGUGGGGCCACAGCCCGCCGCACCCGCCGCGCCCGCGGCCGCGCACGCGCACGUGCCCCCGCCGCAGCACAUGCACCCCACGAUGCCCGGUAUACGGCCAAAUCACACAAAACGCAGCCACAGAGUACCGAUUAUAAACCCGGACACACAUCAAGAGGUGCUUACGGAAGAAUGCAAUAACGACACGUACUUAGUGAGCGGUGAAUCGAGUGAGAGGCAGACUCCGCAACCGGAUACGCCAACGCACAGCAUCGCGGAGGAGUUCUCCAGACUGGUGAACGAGUCGAUCGCUAAUCAAUCAGUCGGCGAGAGUGCCAUGAAGCCGGUCUUCGGGCACAAGAGCGUCGAAAUUACUACGCCCCCCAUGGCAAUAACUAUGCAACCUCAAACGAAUGCAAUAAGCUCUGUUAAUAAUAAUAUAGUAAAGUCUGAUAUUUUAAAUGUUAAUGAAAUUAAAACUCUAGGACCUGAUGUUGUUGCCGAGCCUAGCGAAACUCCCGUAGUAUCAGCAAUAUCAGAUAGUCCUGUUAUAGUGCCUAAAAUGCCUACAAAUAUAAAGCAACUACAAAAGACUAGUGAACAGAAUCAAACGUUAGCGUUAGAUAAUAAUAAUAAAAGCGCGAACGCGCACAAGAAUAAGCAGCAAAAAAACAAACCGCAUGUGCCUCAAGCCGACGACGCCGAGAAGCCGGUGGUGACCGCCGCCCCGGCGAUUGGCGUUACGGUAUCGCCGGUGGCGAUAGAGUCCUCGGUGCCUGUGGCGGAGACUGGAGCGGAGCCGCCCGCAUCCGUCCAAGCCGCCGCACCCGCCCCUGCACCGACACUCACCCCAAUUCCCACCUCCACCCCAACCCCCACACCCACUGUCACUCCCACUAUCACCCCUAGUUUCGCCCCCAAUUUCGCCCCCAACUUCGCCCCCAACUUCGUGCCCAACUUCGUCCCUAGUUUUGCCUCUAACCCCACAUCCACGACCGUCUUAGCUCCCGUUCUUACCCUCGCGCCCCAACCACAAAGGAUACGCGAGCCCAGAGAGCGAGUGAGAUCGGAAGAGAAAGAGAAGUCCAAGGCCAAGGAAAAUAAGGAAAAGGAGAACGCGAUGGUGAAACCCAACGGUCCCACCUCGGUUGUGAGUUCUGUUGAUAGUAUACCAGAAAUUAUCAAUCCUGCAACUAGUCAAGGCAAUCAAGCAAUAUUAACUGAAACAAAGACUCCAAUUAUAAGCAAGCAAUCAUCACCACCUCCAAAUCUACAAGUACCACAAACGUCUGAAACUACGAUUGAAAUUAUUGCUAACAAUAGCAAUAACGAGCCAACAUUCCCUGAAACGCCAGCUCCUACUGCCACAGAACUCCUAUCAGCAAGUAUAGAAAAACUUGCUAAAGAACUGCCCUCUGUUCCACAAACGACUAGUGAAAGUAAAGAAGCGUCCAGUGCAAUACAAGCUCAAGCCAAAUUAACUCAAAGUAUAACGAGUUGUGUACGUGCUCACCCUGAAUCUAAGAUGAAAGAUAUUAACCUUAAUAAUAAGACAACAGAUCCGGACGCUGCCAAUGGAAACACCAUUGAAGUAACACAAACAAAAACUGAGACUGUGAAAGAAGAUAUUAACAAAAAUGAUAAAGUAAUAAAGAAUACUAAGAGUAGUAAGAAAGGUAAUAAAAUGGCAAAUAAUGAAACAAAUACUAAAGAAAGUGAAACAUAUGAAAAUGGUAAAGAUGAGACUGAUAAAGUAAGUAAUGAACAGGAGCAAGUCCUGUCUAAGACUGAGGAGGAAGCAGAGAAGACACCUGCUAUUGAAAAAACCGAGUCUACGUCGGCUUCAGAUCCAGCAUCUGCUCCAACUGUCUUUGUACCUAAAUACAAAUAUACUGAAGAUCAAUGGUCUCCACUAAAUAAGUCUGGCAAAAAGUGCUAUGACAUUGGAUUGUUGAUGCAAAUUAAGGAUGAUCCUCUAUCAAAGAAUAAACCUAAUGCGCCUUUGUUAGAGGCCUUGAAUGUUAUAAGGACUACUCCACAUCAAGAGCCCCAGCCGUUCAACCCUAUCACAAGACCUAUGAAUGAUUCACUAUUUCCUAAUUUUGCGAAAAGUUCUGGUGUGGGUUCUAGAAGUAAUGCUCCACGUGAACCGAAGAAAGAUGGAAGAAAUAUGCCUACCAGUGGUAAAGGCAGCAUGAAAAUGAGCCCAGCGCCCAGUGGCAACAAUCCUCACAAGAAUGUGAUACGUGUGUCCCUAACAAGAGAAGAAGUCAAGUUGAACCAAACUAAAGAUGCCUGGAAACCUACCAGGCUGAAGAACGCCAACAUGAGUGAAGAAGAAUACAAGACACAAGAAUUGUACAAAAAAUUCAGAGGUAUUCUGAAUAAGCUGACACCACAGAAGUUUGACACUUUGAUGGAAAAAGUGAAAACGCUGGAGAUCAACAAUCAAAGUAGACUUGAAGGUGUCAUCGAUUUGGUAUUUGAGAAGGCCAUAGAUGAACCUAACUUUUCGGAGGCCUACGCCAACAUGUGCAACAAGCUAACAACGAUCAAGGUGCCUGCUGAUAAUGCUCCGCCAGACCAAUAUGUCAAUUUCCGAGCUCUCAUCAUCAGUAAGUGUCAGAACCAAUUUGUCACUGAAAAAGUUGAUGAAAACAUACUGAAAUUAGAGAAAGAAAUGAAUGAAUGCACUGACCCUGUGAAAAAGAAGGAAUUGCAGUUACAUUUAGAAGAAGAAAGUAGGAAAAUGAGAAUGAGAUCUGUAGGAAAUGUCAGGUUUAUUGGUGAGCUGUACAAAUUGAAAAUGUUGACGUCGAAAAUUAUGGUAUUUUGUAUGAAUUACUUGGUCGAUAAGCUUGAAGAAGAAAAAUUAGAGUGCCUCUGCAAAUUGCUCACAACAAUCGGUGAACAGGUGGAGAGUGAGGUUAAAGAUCAGCUUGAGCUUGUAUUCAAGAAAAUGCAAGAUAUUGUAGAACACAAAUCCAAUAAAAUCAGCAGUCGUGUGCGCUUCAUGAUCAAAGAUGUAAUUGAGCUGCGACAGAGGCGCUGGGUUGUGAAGAGUGUGGUUGACUCACAGCCUAAGAUGAUGGACCAGAUUCAGAAAGAAGCUGAACAGCAACAACGGCAUAUUGAGCUCAUGAACGCAAACCCGAUGGGCUAUGGACGCCGUGACGAUGGCGGUCGUGGUAAACGCGGAGGCGACGCUCGUCGGCAAGGCAACAAUGCCUUCAUGGAUAACAGUUGGAAGUCGCCACGUACCAAUUUCACUGUGGACACAUCAAAACUCAAGGCUGUUACUGUUCCACAGAAGAAUUUUAACAAUAUAAAGCUGGCCCCUCAAAACAGUGGCUGGAACUAUGGCUCAGGGACGAAGAACACUGCACAGGCCAGCAGUAAUUCUAUGAUCAGUCUCACAAAGAACCAAUACAGUAUGCUUGAGAAUGUACAGGUGGACCCCACUUCGCUCAGAGCAAGUCAAGAUUUGACGCCGAGCUAUUCAAAGGGUGCUUCUAUAGAGAGGUCAACAUUCAACUCGAGAGGUGACUUCAACACUGGCAGUGGUGGACGCUCGGGCUCCACCAGUGGCGUGGCGCGCUCGACAUCAAGCAGCCGGCCCGCGGCAGUGGAGCCCCCGCCACCGGCACCUGUACCCGCGGAACCCCUCACCGAGGCUAAGAAGAAGUCCGUCAAGUCCGUGAUCGACCAGUGCCUCAUCAACUCUGACAGCGUUGAGGCAGCCAUUGACGUGAAGCAGCUCUUCCCGCCUCAGUACCACGCCGCGGUCAUCACCGAGAUAAUAAACUUGGUGCUUGAGAAAUCUGCGAAGGAAAUCGACAUGGUGGCGAAAACGCUUCUGCAUCUGGUGGCCACUAACACGAUAUCGGCCGAUAACUUCCUUGCGGGAAUGGCAGACGUAUUCGAGAUCGCGCCCGACCUAUACAUUGAUGUUCCCAUGCUGUAUGAUUACUUAGGAAAAAUUAUUUCACUACAGAUUGAGAAAAAGCAUAUCACAUUUGUUCAGAUAUUUAGGUUAUGUGAGAAAACAAUUAUUGCCAUGAAUCAGGGACAUUUGUUCCUAAAAGCACUAAUAAAUUAUUUGAAGGAGAGUAUGGGACCAUCAUUCGUAAAAAGCAAAUGGCAAGAAUCAGGUCUAGAGUUGAAGCAAUGGAUGAGUGAGGACCAGGUACUAAAAUGGGUACAAGAAAACAAGUUUGAAUUUUUGGAUGGUGAGAAGAUUUGUGAAGAAACAAAGAAGACUUUAACUCCUGCUGAGGUGCAAAGCAAAUUGCUCCAGCUUAUGAAUGCUGAUGAGUCAUGUGAAUGUGUCCGGGGAUGGAUACAGGACAAGGUGGGCGAGAGCGCGGGCGAGGAGUGGUUCGCGCGCGCACUGAUGCAGGCGGUGUGCUCGCACGCGCUGCUGGGCGGCGAGGGCGCGUGGCGGCUGAGCCGCGAGCGCAUGCGCAAGUACGCGCGCCUGCUGCACGAGCCGGAGGGCGCGCGCGGCCGCGAGCUGGGCUGUCUGCUCGCCGUGCAGCAGCUGGUGCACCGCCUCGAGCACCCGCAGGGCCUAACAUUAGAUAUAUUCCAGUACUUGCAUGAACAAUACAUAAUUUCCGUAGAAGGUUUCAUUGCAUGGGAAACGACAGAAAAGGAGCCAGAAGGCAAAGCGGUUAUGCUGAAGGCGCUUACCUCGUUCUUCACCAACAUUAGGGAGGCAGACAACGAGGACUCCUGCAGCGAGGACUGA